UCUAUUCUCUUCUCUUCUUCAUCUUCACCCACAUAUAUGUAUAUAUAAAUAGAGCACUUGGUUUCUCAGUUGCAAUUCUUCUUCAACUCUCUCUCUCUCUCUCUCUCUCUCAAUCAAAACCCUAAUUCCCGAUCGCAAAAACCUUGAAAUCCUCUUUGUUUUCGUUCCAAGUCCGUCUGAUUGUGGAUUGGAAUCAUAUUUCUAGGAUCCGAUCGUUGCGAAUAGUGACCGAAAGCCAUACUUUUUUUACUUUUAUCUACUCUUCUUCGAUUUCGGGGUCUCUGCUUUUUCGAUCGAUUCUCGGUUUUUGAGGAUUUGAUCGGUUUCAAGAAGCGGUUUUGGUUCGUGAAAUGCUUUUGAUUCCAAGAUGAAGUUGAAGAGGAGGAGGGCAUUGGAAGUGCCCCCAAAAAUUAGAUCCUUCAUCGAUAGCGUCACUGCUGUUCCACUCGAGAAUAUAGAAGGACCUCUCAAAGGUUUUGUUUGGGAGUUUGAUAAGGGAGAUUUCCAUCAUUGGGUGGAUCUUUUUAAUCAUUUUGAUUCAUUUUUUGAGAAGCACAUCAAAGCGAGGAAGGAUUUGCAGGUUGAGGAUAAUUUUCUGGACUCUGAUCCUCCCUUCCCAAGAGAAGCCAUUAUUCAAAUUCUCCGUGUUAUAAGAAUAAUUUUGGAGAAUUGCACGAAUAAGCACUUCUAUAGUUCUUACGAGCAGCAUCUUUCUUUACUGCUUGCUUCAACCGAUCCGGAUGUUAUUGAAGCUUGCCUGCAGACUUUGGCUGCUUUUUUGAAAAAAACUAUUGGCAAGUACUCCAUCAGAGAUGCUUCUCUGAAUUCAAAGUUAUUUGCUCUUGCACAAGGUUGGGGGGGAAAGGAAGAGGGGCUGGGAUUAAUUGCAACUGCUGUGCAGGAUGGUUGUGACCCAAUUGCCUAUGAGUUGGGUUGCACACUUCACUUUGAAUUCUACGCAUCCAGUGAGUUAUCCAGUGAACUCCCUGCUGGAGAGCUUUCAACCCAAGGCUUACAGAUCAUUCAUUUGCCUGACAUCAAUGCUCGCCUAGAGACUGAUCUAGAGCUUUUAAGCAAUUUAGUUGCAGAAUACAAAGUACCUGCCAGUUUAAGAUUUUCUCUAUUGACAAGAUUGCGGUUUGCAAGGGCUUUUGGCUCUAUAGCUUCUCGGCAGCAGUAUACCUGCAUUCGAUUGUAUGCCUUCAUAGUUCUUGUGCAAGCAAGUGGUGAUGCAGAUGACCUAGUUUCUUUCUUUAACACUGAGCCCGAGUUUGUCAAUGAGUUAGUGUCAUUAUUAAGCUAUGAAGAUGCAGUUCCUGAGAAAAUUCGGAUUUUGUGUCUGCUUUCUUUGGUUGCUCUUUGUCAAGAUAGGUCUCGCCAGCCUUCUGUCUUGGCUGCUGUCACAUCUGGUGGUCACCGUGGCAUCCUAUCCAGCCUCAUGCAGAAGGCCAUUGAUUCUGUAAUCAGUGAUGCUUCAAAGUGGUCUGUAGUUUUUGCUGAGGCGCUUUUAUCUCUUGUCACUGUUUUGGUUUCAUCAUCUUCAGGUUGCUCAGCCAUGCGCGAGGCAGGAUUUAUCCCUACUCUCCUACCUCUCCUUAAAGAUCCAAAUCCACAACACUUGCAUUUGGUUAGCACAGCUGUACAUAUUCUAGAAGCUUUUAUGGAUUACAGUAAUCCAGCUGCUGCCUUGUUCAGAGACUUGGGCGGUUUGGAUGAUACCAUCUCUCGUCUGAAGGUGGAAGUGUCACAUAUAGAAAAUGGUUCCAAGCAACAAGGUGAAAGUUCUGAUUGUAGUGGGAGUAAGGAAGUAAUUGCAGGCACCUCAAGUGAGCUAGAUGACAUGCAGCCUCUUUAUUCUGAAGCAUUAGUUUCUUAUCACCGGCGAUUGCUGAUGAAAGCUUUACUGCGUGCUAUAUCCCUUGGAACUUAUGCCCCUGGAAAUACUGCACGUGUUUAUGGCACUGAGGAGAGUUUACCGUAUUGCUUAUGCGUAAUUUUUAGAAGGGCAAAAGAUUUUGGUGGUGGGGUGUUUUCACUUGCUGCUACUGUCAUGAGUGAUUUGAUUCACAAAGAUCCCACUUGUUUUCCUGUCUUAGAUGCAGCAGGUCUUCCUUCUGCGUUCUUGGAUGCUAUAAUGGAUGGUGUUCUCUGCUCUUCUGAAGCCAUAUCAUGCAUACCUCAGUGUUUGGAUGCUUUGUGCCUAAACAACAAUGGCCUUCAGGCCGUUAGAGAUCGCAAUGCUUUGAGGUGCUUUGUGAAAAUAUUUACUUCAAGAAUGUAUUUGCGUGCACUUACUAGUGAUACCCCAGUAUCCUUGUCUAGUGGACUUGAUGAACUAAUGCGCCAUGCUUCCUCAUUGCGUGGGCCUGGAGUGGAUAUGUUGAUUGAGAUCUUGAAUGCCAUUUUGAGAAUGGGAUCUGGUAUUGAUUCUUCAUGCUUGUCAAGUGAUCCUUUGUGCUCUUCUACUCCCGUUCCCAUGGAAACUGAUGGUGAAGAGAGGAACUUGGUUCUUUCAGAUGAUAGGGAAGCAUCCAAGAUGGAAAGUUCUGAGCAGACCUCUGAGCCAUCUGCUGAUUCCUCAACAGUUAAUAUUGAGUCAUUCCUCACUGACUGUGUGAGCAAUGCUGCUCGUCUUCUUGAAACUAUUCUUCAGAAUGCUGAUACAUGUCGUAUAUUUGUAGAGAAGAAGGGGAUUGAAGCUGUUCUGCAGUUGUUCACUUUGCCCUUAAUGCCUCUUUCGGUCUCAGUUGGUCAGAGUAUCUCCGUUGCCUUUAAGAACUUCUCACCACAGCAUUCUGCUUCUCUUGCUCGGGCAGUUUGUUCAUUUCUGAGAGAACAUCUAAAAUCAACAAAUGAACUCUUAGCUUCAGUUGGAGGGACUCAGCUUGCUGUGGUUGAAUCUGCACUGCAAACAAAGGUUAUGAGAUAUCUUUCCAGUCUUGAAGGCAUUCUGUCUCUUUCUAAUUUUUUAUUGAAGGGGACUACUAGUGUGGUAUCAGAGCUUGGCAAUGCAGAUGCUGAUGUAUUGAAAGAUCUUGGGUGCACGUACAGGGAAAUAAUCUGGCAAAUUUCUUUGUGUAAUGAUUCCAAGGUGGAUGAGAAGAGGAAUGCUGAUCAAGAACCUGAGAAUUCAGAGGCAGCUCCAUCAAAUGCUGUUGGAAGAGAAAGCGAUGAUGAUGCAAAUACUCCAAUGGUGAGAUACAUGAACCCUGUUUCUGUCCGGAAUGGUUCUCAGUCCUUGUGGGCUGGAGACCGGGAGUUUCUGUCUGUAGUUCGUACUGGAGAAGGUUUGCACCGUCGUAGUCGACAUGGGUUAACACGCAUAAGGGGACGGACAGGCAGGCAUGUGGAGGCUUUGAACAUUGACUCUGAAGUUUUGUCCAAUGUACCGGAGACAUCUUCUUCCCAGGAUUUGAAAAAGAAAAGUCCUGAUGUCCUUGUUUUUGAAAUUCUUAACAAGCUUGCUUCAAUGUUCCGCUCUUUCUUCACAGCUCUUGUCAAGGGAUUCACAUCGCCAAAUCGUCGUAGAGUUGACUCAGGGUCGUUGAGUUCAGCUUCGAAGACCCUUGGAACUGGCCUGGCUAAGUUAUUUCUUGAGGCUCUUAGUUUCUCUGGGUAUUCUACUUCUGUGGGACUUGACAUGUCAUUGUCAGUAAAAUGUCGAUAUCUUGGGAAGGUAGUGGAUGACAUGGCAUCAAUAACAUUUGACAGCAGGCGACGUACUUGUUAUACUGCAAUGGUUAAUAAUUUUUAUGUUCAUGGUACCUUUAAGGAGCUACUGACGACAUUUGAAGCUACAAGUCAAUUGUUGUGGACACUACCAUACUCUAUUCCAACACCAGGCAUUGAACAAGAAAAGGCAGGUGAAGGAAGUAAAUUGUCUCACAGUACAUGGCUGCUUGAUACAUUACAGAGCUAUUGCCGUGUGCUCGAGUAUUUUGUUAAUUCUUCCUUACUUCUAUCUCCGACCUCUGCAUCCCAAGUGCAGCUUCUUGUGCAGCCGGUUGCAGUUGGUCUGUCAAUUGGGCUAUUUCCUGUUCCAAGGGACCCAGAAGUCUUUGUUCGUAUGCUGCAAUCUCAGGUUCUUGAUGUGAUACUUCCUGUUUGGAACCACCCCAUGUUUCCCAAUUGUAGUUUGGGCUUUGUUGCUUCACUUCUUUCACUUGUUACGCAUGUGUACUCUGGUGUUGGAGAUGUGAAACGAAAUCGAAGUGGCGUUGUGGGGACUACGAACCAGAGAUUUAUGCCCCCACCUCCUGAUGAAGCUACUAUUGCCACCAUUGUUGAUAUGGGCUUUACAAGGGCAAGAGCAGAGGAAGCACUGAGGCGAGUGGAAACAAAUAGUGUUGAGAUGGCUAUGGAAUGGUUGUUUAGUCAUGCUGAGGAUCCUGUACAGGAGGAUGAUGAACUAGCUCGGGCACUUGCUCUGUCUCUGGGAAGUUCAUCAGAAACAUCUAAAGUUGAUACUGUUGACAAGUCGAUGGAUGUCCUGACAGAAGAUGGGCAUAUGAAGGCACCCCCUGUUGAUGAUAUUCUUGCUUCAUCAGUGAAACUGUUUCAGAGCAGUGACACAAUGGCAUUUCCGUUGACAGAUUUGUUUGUUACACUUUGCAAUCGGAACAAAGGAGAAGAUCGUCCAAGAGUGGUAUCUUAUCUUAUUCAGCAGCUAAAACUUUGCCCUUUGGAUUUUUCUAAGGAUACAAGUGCAUUAAGUAUGCUAUCACAUAUUAUAGCAUUGCUUCUUUUUGAGGAUGGCACUACACGGGAAAUUGGUGCAGAGAAUGGUAUUGUAUCGACUGCAAUAGAUAUUUUGACCAACUUUAAGGCUAGAAAUGAGACAGGGAAUGAGCUUCUGGUCCCAAGGUGCAUUAGUGCUUUACUGCUUAUCUUGGAUAACAUGUUGCAGUCCAGGCCCAAAAUUUUCUCUGAGAGUAUGGAAGGAACUCCAGCAGGAUCUCAGCUGGAUUCAUCAGGAGAUCAUGCUUCCUUAUCAGAUCCUGCAUCAGUUAAUGACCGAAAACCAGCUUCAGAUGCCCAUGAGAAAGAAUCUGGUGCACCAUUUGAAAAAAUAUUGGGGAAAUCGACUGGCUAUUUGACUAUUGAAGAGAGUCUUAAGGUGCUACUAGUGGCUUGUGACUUGAUAAAACAGCAUAUGCCAGCAGUGAUAAUGCAGGCUCUUCUGCAAUUAUGUGCUCGCUUGACGAAAACACAUUCUCUAGCCUUGCAGUUCCUUGAAAAUGGAGGUUUGGCUGCUCUUUUUAGUCUUCCAAGAAGUAGUUUUUUCCCUGGAUAUGACACUGUUGCAUCUGCUAUUGUCCGGCAUCUCCUUGAAGAUCCUCAGACACUGCAAACAGCUAUGGAAUUGGAGAUACGACAAACUUUGAGUGGGAAUGGCCAUGCUGGGCGUGUUUCUGCACGGACUUUUUUGACAUCAAUGGCACCUGUUAUCUCUAGGGAUUCUGUGGUUUUCAUGAAAGCUGCUGGUGCUGUUUGCCAGUUGGAGACAUCUGGAGGUAGGACCUUUAUUGUGUUAGCCAAGGAAAAAGAGAAGGAAAAAGACAAAUCAAAGGCAUCUGGGGUUGAAGCUGGAUUAUCUUCCAAUGAGUGUGUCAGGAUUUCUGAAAAUAAGAUUCAUGAUGGAUCAGGUAAAUGCUCCAAAGGCCACAAAAAGAUCCCUGCCAAUCUUACUCAAGUAAUUGAUCAACUUCUUGACAUAGUCUUAAAAUACCCUUCACCAAAAAGCCAAGAGGUUGGUGUGAAUAAUUUAUCUUCUAUGGAGGUUGAUGAACCCGCUACCAAGGUAAAGGGUAAGUCAAAGGUUGAUGAGACAAUGAAAUUAGAGUCUGAAUCUGAAAGAUCUGCAGGACUUGCUAAGGUGACUUUUGUCCUCAAGUUGUUAAGUGAUGUUCUUCUGAUGUAUGUACAUGCAGUUGGGGUUAUACUUAAACGGGAUUUAGAAAUGUGUCAACUCCGGGCAUCUAAUCCAUCAGAUAUUCCUGGAAAUGGUGGUGGAAUACUUCAUCAUGUCUUACAUCGGUUACUUCCACUCUCUAUUGAUAAAUCUGCAGGACCUGAUGAAUGGAGAGGCAAAUUGUCUGAAAAGGCUUCAUGGUUCCUUGUCGUUCUGUGUGGUCGUUCUGGUGAAGGCCGUAGACGAGUAAUCAAUGAACUUGUGAAAGCCUUAUUCUCAUUUUCAAACUUAGAGAGCAAUUCUACUACGAGCAUUUUAUUGCCAGAUAAGAAGGUUUCUGCUUUUGUUGAUUUGGCGUAUUCUAUUUUGUUGAAAAAUUCAUCCUCCAGCAACUUACCUGGUGGUUCUGGGUGCUCACCAGACAUAGCAAAAAGCAUGAUAGAUGGAGGAAUGGUUCGCUGCCUAACUAGCAUUCUUCAAGUGAUUGAUUUGGACCAUCCUGAUGCUCCUAAAAUUGUGAACCUAAUACUUAAGUCUUUGGAAAGUUUAACAAGGGCUGCCAAUGCUAGUGAGCAAAUUUUUAAAUCUGAUGGGACGAACAAGAAAAAAUCCAUAGGGUUAAUUGGAAGACCCGAUGAUCAAUUAACUGCACCAUCAGCUGUUCAAACCGUGGAGCAUAAUCAGACUACAAACGGACAGGAAGAAGUCAGAGAUGUAGAGGGGAAUGAACAACAGGAUCAAGGAAAUUCUCAUGGUGAAGAUAAUCAUAAUGCAAAUCGUAAUGAAUCUGUGGAGCAAGAUAUGAGAAUAGAAGUGGAGGGGACAAUGGCUACCAACCCACCCGUGGAGCUUGGGAUGGAUUUCAUGCGUGAGGAGAUGGAAGAGGGUGGUGUUUUGCACAACACUGACCAAAUUGAGAUGAAUUUCCGUGUUGAGAAUAGGGGAGAUGAUGAUAUGGGUGAUGAAGAUGAUGAUAUGGGUGAUGACGGAGAGGAUGAUGAGGAUGAUGAUGAGGGGGAGGAUGAGGAUGAGGAUAUAGCAGAAGAUGGUGGUGGCAUGAUGUCUCUUGCUGAUACAGAUGUGGAAGACCAUGAUGACACGGGCUUGGGAGACGACUAUAAUGAUGAGAUGAUUGAUGAAGAGGAUGAUGAUUUUCAUGAAAAUCGUGUCAUAGAGGUUAGAUGGAGGGAGGCCCUUGAUGGGCUGGAUCAUUUGCAGGUACUUGGGCAACCUGGGACUGCAGGUGGUCUAAUUGAUGUUGCAGCUGAACCUUUUGAAGGAGUUAAUGUGGAUGACCUUUUUGGUCUUCGUAGGCCCUUAGGUUUUGAACGCCGCCGUCAGACAGGUAGGUCUUCCUUUGAGCGUUCUGUUGCGGAAGUAAAUGGUUUUCAACAUCCUCUCCUUUUAAGACCUUCCCAGUCAGGGGAUCUGGCCUCAAUGAGGUCAUCAGGUGGGAAUUCCAGAGAUGUAGAAGCUUUUUUGUCAUCUGGGAGUUCUGAUGCAGCACAUUUCUACAUGUUUGAUUCUCCAGUUCCUCCAUAUGAUCAUGUCCUAAGGAGUCUCUUUGGUGACCGUUUGGUUGGGGCAGCACCCCCACCUUUGACCGAUUAUUCUGUCGGUAUGGACUCCUUGCAGUUACCAGGACGAAGAGGGCCUGGUGAUGGUCGGUGGACUGAUGAUGGUCAGCCUCAAGCUGGUGCUCAAGCUGCUGCUAUUGCACAGGCAGUAGAGGAACAGUUCAUUUCUCAAUUGCGCAGUAUUGCUCCUACAAACAGUCCUGCUGAAAGACAGUCCCAAAAUUCAGGAGUGCAGGAGAAACAACCAGAUGCCCUUCCAUCCAAUGAUAGUGCCGUAGUGGCAGAGGGUGCUAACACCCACUGUCAACAAAGCGAAGGGCAGCAUCAAGAGAAUGGUGAUGAAACCACACAUCAAGAAGUUAACCCAAUGGUUGAGAGUGUAACCUGUGGAGAACAAGUUAAUCCAGAAUCCAUUCUUGAACAUCCAGGCGAAUGUUUACAGGCACAUGAUCCUAUGAUGAUCCAACCAUUUUCACUGAACACUACACCAAAUGGGCAUGAUAGCAUGGAAAUUGGUGAAGGAAAUGGCACUGCUGAUGAGCAGGUAGGGACAAUGCCAGAGUUUGUCAACUCAUCUUCAGACUGUCAUGCUGAUCUACAAUGUGAUAGGGGUUCUGAAGCACGUGCAAGUCUUCAUGAUGUGCCAGUUCAGGCCACUGGUAGUGGUGGAUCUUCAGGAACAGAUGACCAGGCCAGUAAUCUAGGUCUGGCAAUUUCUGGUUUGCAGACACCUAAUCUAGAUGAUUUUCAUGCUGCUUCUGUUCGUGCAAGUGUUGAUGUUGAUAUGAAUAGUACUGAUGCUGAAGGAAAUCAAUCUGAGCAACCUGUGCCUGCCUCUGAAUAUGAUACAGAUGAGCCAUCAUCAAGGCAAAACACACUGGUUGCUCUGGACACUGAUCAGGCUGAGCAAACUAGUAUGAGUAAUGAGGUGUCUGGUGCUAAUGCUAUUGAUCCCACCUUCUUGGAAGCACUACCUGAAGAUCUUCGGGCAGAAGUACUAGCUUCCCAGCAAGCUCAGUCUGUUCAAGCUCCGACUUAUGCACCACCUUCUGCUGAAGAUAUUGAUCCGGAGUUCUUAGCUGCUCUUCCCCCAGAUAUUCAAGCAGAAGUUUUGGCCCAACAAAGAGCUCAAAGGGUUGCGCAGCAGGCUGAAGGACAACCAGUUGACAUGGAUAAUGCUUCAAUCAUUGCUACUUUUCCUGCUGAUUUGCGUGAAGAGGUACUUCUGACUUCAUCAGAAGCAGUUCUGUCUGCGUUGCCCUCUCCAUUACUAGCCGAAGCACAAAUGCUAAGGGACCGAGCAAUGAGUCAUUAUCAGGCUCGCAGCCUUUUUGCAGGCAGCCACAGGCUGAAUAAUCGAAGGAAUGGGUUGGGUUUUGACAGACAGACGGUAAUGGACAGGGGUGUUGGAGUUACGAUAGGGCGGAGGACAGGUUCCACCAUUGCAGAUAGCUUGAAGGUGAAGGAAAUUGAAGGUGAGCCACUUUUGGACGCUAAUGCGUUGAAAGCUUUGGUUCGGCUCCUGCGGUUAGCUCAGCCCCUUGGCAAAGGCCUCCUGCAGAGACUCUUGUUAAACCUAUGUGCACAUAGUGUUACAAGGGCAAUUCUAGUGCGUGUUUUGCUUGAUAUGAUUAAGCCUGAGGCUGAAGGAUCAGUCUGUGGAUUGGCAACAAUUAACUCUCAGAGGCUUUAUGGUUGUCAGUCAAAUGUUGUUUAUGGUCGAUCCCAGUUGUUGGAUGGUCUACCUCCACUGGUCUUGCGUCGAACUUUUGAGAUUAUGACAUAUUUGGCUACUAAUCAUUCUGCUGUUGCCAAUAUGUUAUUCUACUUUGAUCCCGUACUUGUUCCAGAGCCUCUAAGUCCUAUAUGUAUCGAAAGCAAGAAGGAUAAAGGCAAGGAGAAAAUUGUGGAAGGAGGAUUUGCAUCAAAACCUUUGGGAAACUCUCUGGAUGGGGAUGUUCCAUUGAUACUGUUGCUGAAGCUUUUGAAUCGACCACUUUUUCUACGCAGCACUGCUCACCUUGAGCAGGUCAUGGGUCUGCUUCAAGUAGUUGUUUAUACUGCUGCAUCAAAUUUAGAGUACCAGCCUCAAUCUGAACCAACAACAGCGAAUUCCCAGGAUUUGCCGGUCGAUGAAGCUUCUGGUGACGUCCAGAAAGAUACUCCGUCAAUGGAACCAGAGUCUAAGCAAGAGGAUAAACGUGCCGGUGCUGAGUCGUCCACUUCAGAUGGAAAGAGGAGCAUUGAUACAUAUAAUAUCUUUUUACAAUUGCCCCAAUCAGAACUUCGCAAUCUGUGCAGCAUUCUUGGCCGUGAGGGGCUUUCAGAUAAAGUUUAUAUGCUUUCCGGUGAGGUGCUGAAGAAGUUGGCUUCAGUUGUUGCACCCCAUCGAAAGUUUUUUACUUCAGAGCUUUCUGAAUUAUCCCGUGGAUUGAGCUGUUCAGCUGUCGAUGAGCUUGUCACUCUGCGGAAAACGCACAUGCUAGGUUUAAGUGCUGGUUCCAUGGCUGGUGCAGCAAUCCUGCGUGUACUACAAGCACUCAGUACACUCACUUCACCUAGCAUAAAUGAGAGUACAGGACUUGAGAGUGAUGGGGAGCAGGAGCAGGAGGAGCAAGCUACUAUGAAAAAGUUGCAUGUCGCACUUGAGCCAUUGUGGCAAGAAUUGAGUGAUUGUAUAAGUGUGACUGAGACACAGCUGGGUCAAAGCUCCUCUCAUACCAUGUCAAAUAUAAAUGUUGGGGAGCAAAUCCAGGGAACCUCUUCUUCAUCUCCUCUUCCUCCUGGAACACAACGACUCUUGCCCUUCAUUGAGGCUUUCUUUGUUUUGAGUGAAAAGCUACAAGCAAACCAGUCUAUCAUGCAGCAAGAUCAUGCCAAUAUAACUGCAAGAGAAAAUGAAUCUUCUGGGAGUUCAGCCUCUUUAACCACAAAGUGCAGUGUUGAUUCUCAGAAGAAGCUUGAUGGUGCCAUCACAUUUACAAGGUUUGCUGAGAAGCACCGACGGCUUUUGAAUGCUUUUAUUAGACAGAAUCCUGGUUUAUUGGAAAAAUCACUUUCAAUGCUGCUGAAGGCACCAAGGCUGAUCGAUUUUGACAAUAAGCGUGCGUAUUUUCGUUCAAGAAUUAGGCAGCAGCACGAGCAGCACCUCUCUGGCCCAUUGCGGAUAAGUGUGCGGAGGGCUUACGUUUUGGAGGACUCAUACAAUCAGUUGCGGAUGCGUCCCACUCAGGAUCUAAAGGGACGAUUGAAUGUGCAAUUUCAAGGUGAAGAGGGUAUUGAUGCUGGAGGUCUGACAAGAGAAUGGUAUCAAUUACUGUCAAGGGUUAUAUUUGACAAGGGGGCAUUACUUUUCACUACUGUGGGAAACAAUGCAACGUUCCAGCCAAACCCUAAUUCUGUCUAUCAGACAGAACAUCUUUCCUACUUCAAGUUUGUGGGCAGAGUGGUUGCAAAGGCAUUGUUUGAUGGGCAGCUUUUGGAUGUCUAUUUUACUCGAUCAUUCUACAAGCACAUACUUGGUGCCAAGGUGACUUACCAUGAUAUAGAGGCUGUUGACCCUGAUUACUACAAGAAUUUAAAGUGGAUGUUGGAGAAUGAUGUAAGUGACAUUCCUGACCUGACAUUUAGUAUGGAUGCGGAUGAGGAAAAGCAUAUCCUUUAUGGAAAAAAUGAGGUUACUGAUUAUGAGCUUAAACCCGGAGGAAGAAAUAUAAGGGUUACAGAAGAAACAAAGCACGAGUAUGUUGACCUUGUUGCCGGACAUAUCUUGACAAAUGCCAUCCGUCCUCAAAUUAAUUCCUUUUUGGAAGGCUUCAAUGAAUUGGUACCACGAGAACUUAUCUCUAUCUUCAAUGAUAAAGAGCUUGAGCUACUUAUAAGUGGGCUUCCAGAAAUUGAUUUGGAGGAUUUGAAGGCCAACGCGGAGUAUACUGGCUAUACAGCAGCAUCUUGUGUUAUUCAAUGGUUUUGGGAGGUUGUUACGUCUUUCAGCAAGGAAGAUAUGGCAAGACUUCUGCAAUUUGUCACUGGAACAUCCAAGGUUCCUUUGGAGGGUUUCAAGGCUUUGCAAGGUAUUUCUGGUCCUCAAAGGUUUCAGAUUCACAAGGCAUAUGGAGCUCCUGACCGGCUGCCAUCGGCACAUACAUGCUUUAAUCAGCUUGACCUUCCCGAGUAUACCUCAAAGGAACAGCUUCAAGAACGCCUGCUACUUGCUAUCCAUGAAGCCAAUGAAGGGUUUGGCUUUGGUUGACCGAAGUUUGACGUGAUAUUGUGGCCCCAGCAGUGCCAGCAAUCUGCCUUUAAAAUUGCCAUGUACAUGUAAAGGAGACUGCCCCAGGUGGACAAUAAAAAAUUCAGGAGAUGGAAGGCCAGGAACUUUUUUGAAAGCAUUAUUUUCUUUCUGGCAGCCAGUUCUUUUUUCUUUUUCUUUUUUUUUUUUUUAAAUUCAAUUCAACAGUUGAUAAUUAUGCUUUUGCGGAAUGGUGGGCUGAUCAGUAUCAAUUGGCUAGAAAAUGUUAAUUCCUUGGAUUCUUGCCAUGCCAACGAGUACUGGGGAAGUGUACAAAAUGUUGAUUGACAUAUAUUUUCAUUGUUCAUAGUAGGUUUUUUGUUCUUAGAUUAUAGCCUUAUGAAUUAGCUUCUGUAACCAUAUAGCAGGGUAUGUAUAUCUAAUGACGUAAAUUGUAGCCAGAUUCUCUCUUCCUUUUGGUUUACUUGAAUGGUUAAUUAGAUUUUCUCAACUUAUUAGCUUGUAGCUGGUUAAACCUAUCCAAAGAUUGUGGACUUGUUACUACCGA